UAUUUUAUUAGUACAAAGUUAUUUUCAACUAAAUUUACAUAAUACCGAGGGAUUUUAAGAAAUUAUCCCGGGAAAGAAAUAUGGAAGCACGGGUGAGGAGCAAGUGUGAGUUGAGUGAAAGGCAGGUUAGAAAUUGUCCUUGACAUGUGUAAGCAGAUUCUUGAAUUGUUGGGCAGUUGUGGAUAUUAUGCUUCCAUUCUUACAUUGGCAGUAAAGUUUGGUUGGAAUCUGGUAGGCUUAUUUUCACUUGACUUGGUGAUGUUUGGUAACGCAACAUCGUUGUGUAAUUUAGAAAACAAACAACCAGAUCUCACUCAUUUAAGUUCCUUAUCCCUCCUCAUGUUGUAUGAAUCACCCAAUACCCUUUCCACCAAAAAACGGUUGGUUGGUAACUUCUAGGAUGGGAGAAUCUAAUGGUCUUGAUAAUCUUGUUGCUGCUACAAAAAUUCUCAAGAGCAGCAUAGAGAAAUCAAGAAACAUAGCCAUUGCAGUUGAUGAAAUUGGAACCAGAUUGAAGGAAACAAGUCAUAGUUUGGCAUAUCUGCAAGCUGCUAUAAAAGAUAUGGCUUGUGAAUGUGCAGUUUAUGAGAUUAGAGGUGACGUUCAUCGAGCCAUUGGGCCUGCAGCUGCUGUUGUGAAGGUCCUGGACCUGGUUUACGAGCUGAAGGAUUCACUCAACAUUGGCCCUCGUGCUGCUGGUUUAUUCCUUUAUCUCACCAAUAUCAAACGCCUCCAAGACGCGCUAAAGCUUCUUGCUGACAAUUGCAGAUUGGUGAUCCUGUGGCUUGAAGAUGUGAUGCAAUUUAUAAAAGACAAUGGAGUUGUUGCUGAUGAUUGGUAUUUUCUGCGAGUGUCGAAACUUCUGAAAGUAUUGGUGGAACUGCAGGGAAAAGGGGAAUCUUUUCGUCAAGAUGGAGGAGUUUUAGCUUCUGCAUUUGACAAUCUGGAGAACGAAUACAGGAGUCUCUUGACAACGGCUUAUCACGCAGGCAUUGAUAACUCAUCUUUUCCGGCACCUGUAGUUCAAGAAUUGCAAGCCAUUACUCAGGUUUUGGCUGCUAACAAUCGCCUGGACAAAUGCAUAUCUAUCUAUGCACAAGUCCGGAUAGCCAAUGCCCGAGCCACUUUACAAGUCCUCAAUGUGGAUUACCUGGACAUCCAGUUGUCUGAAAUUGUUAGUGUUCAAUCUGUAGAAGCCUAUAUUGAUGAGUGGGAUGAGCACAUGGAGUUUUUGGUCAGGCAUUUGCUAAAGAACGAGUACAGGCUUUGCAGCGAGGUCUUCCAGAAAGUUGGAUCAGAUGCAUGGAUGAAUUGCUUCUCAAAGAUUGCAACCCAUUGUGGAUUCAACAAUAUUCUCAAUUUUGGCAGCAGGAUUUGUAAAUGCAAGAACGAAGCGAUCAAGCUCUUGAAGUUGCUCAAAAUAUUUUCCACGCUAGACAAACUAAGAUUAGACUUCAACGAGCUGUUUGGUGGGAAAUUCUGCGUUGAGAUACGGAACCAGACAAGGGAUCUUGUCAAGAAAGUUGUUGACGGGGCUUGUGAAAUAUUCGGGCAACUUCUGGUGCAAGUGGAGUUGCAAAGGGCAUCUAGUCCACCACCGGAUGGAGGUGUUCCAAGGCUAGUUUGUUUUGUGAUGGAAUACUGCAACCAACUUCUUGAGGAUGAGAACAGCUCGAUUCUUGUCCGAGUUCUGGAGAUCUAUCAAGCCUGGAAUCAGGUGAAAUUCCAAGACGGGCUUUACUCUAACGAAAUUCACAACAUAAUGACAGCACUCGAGAUCAACUUGGAGACUUGGGCCAAAGGAUACAAUGACAAAGCUCUCUCCUACCUUUUUAUGAUGAAUAAUUAUUGGUACUUAUGCAAUAACAUAAGAGGAACCAAGCUUGGAGACUUAAUGGGGACUUCUUGGUUGAGCAAAUACGAGGAAUCCACCGAGUACUAUGCAGCAUUGUACAUGAGAGAGAGUUGGGAAAAACUUUUGGUGUUUUUAUGUGAAGAGGACCUAAUCUUGUUCCCUGGGGGUAGAGCCAUUGACCGUAAUCUGGUCAGGACGAGGAUUAGUGUAUUCUGCGAGACGUUUGAUGACAUGUAUAAGAAGCAAUCGGCAUGGAUACUGUCUGAUAAAGACUUGAGACAGAAGACAUGCCGGUUAAUAGUUGAGCUUAUUGUCCCACCUUAUAAGAGCUAUUUGCAACGAUUUACGUCUGGAUUAGAGCACGCGACAGACCAGGUAUAUCACAAUGCUGAGAGCUUGGAGAACUUAAUUCACUCGUUGUUCCAACCAAAACUUGGCAAUUACGGUAGCAGCAAAUGCACAGAUAUGAUUGGCAUCAGGAAUGCUGCUAUCAAACACUUAUCGUCAACCCCAGCAGCCGCAUGAUUGCAUUUAUCGGUCUAAGAUUAGCUAAAUUAGCAUGUAUUUUACUUUUUUUUUUUUUUUUGGAUAAAAGUCGUUUACGUCAAAACGAGGAAUUUGACGGACUUUUAUCUGUUUAUUAAAAUUUAAAAAAAAUAAAAUUUUAGUAAAAAAUUGGACU